AUGAGACGGUUCCUCAAAGCUGAUCCUGCCAGGAAAGAGGCGGCGCGCCUUUUCACUGUAAAGAAUUUGAACCGCUACAAGCUAACUCCCGUCUCUGACCCCAAGUUGCUGUGGACCAUCUCCGGGUCUACGAAGAUGAAGGAGACCUUGGGUGAGCCUUGCCCAGAUGACGAUGAAGAUGAGGAAGGGCCGGAUGAAGCCCCCCUUGACUGCGGGGGAUUCCACCAGCCGCCUCCAUCUCCUGGGGGUGUCCUCCAUGUGCUCCUUAUGACCUAUACGUUGGCUAUGCGGUUUGUCAACUCGUCUAACAACCUCUCUUUGUCUGCUGCUGAGAGGAACUGCCUUACAACUCGGGUGCGGGAGCUUGAGGGAGAGCUUAACGAAACCAAUGCUAAAUUGUCAGAGGUCCAGACAAAACUUUCCAACUUGUCAUCGAAGAGGAAGGAAAUAAGGGCUAAGACCAAGAGACUAGAAGAGUUUGUCUCCGCAGAUUAUCCUCGAUGUAGAAAGGUUGCACGUGGUGCUUUAUUUCCAAAUAAUCUUUGUUGUAGCCUUUUGGGCUUCUGUGGUAGCACAUUAUUGCACUGUACCAUUGGUUGCCAAAGCCAGUGUAGCCGAAGCCCACCUCCACCGAGCCCACCACCUCCGAGCCCUCCUCCACCGAGCCCACCGCCUCCGAGCCCACCACCUCCGAGCCCUCCUCCACCGAGCCCACCACCUCCGAGCCCACCACCUCCAGCAAGCCCAGAAAGACCAGAUAGUAGAUGUGGCCCUGAUUUUGGAAACACUCCAUGUAAUACAGGAAGGUUGAGUAGAUUUUGGUUUUGCGGUAGCACCACUGAUUUUUGCCAAGGUUCCAAUUGCAGAUCCCAAUGUGGGAAGAGUGCGCAUCGAGGUUUGCACGAAGAUGACAAUAGUGUUGAUGCUACAAGCAACAUUAUUAAUAAAACACAUUUUAACAAAAUGUUUAAGCAUAGAAAAGAUUGUCCAAGUCAAGAUUUCUAUAACUACAAGUCUUUUAUCAUUGCUACUGCCUCUUUUCCAAGUUUAGGUACAACAGGUGAUGUGGCAACUCGUAAAAGAGAGCUCGCAGCUUUCUUUGCUGAAACCUCUCAAGCAAUCACAGGAGAACAGACAGAUUCGACAGAUACAUAUGCAUGGGGAUAUUGUUAUGUCAAUAGAACUACCACUGAGAAUUAUUAUUGUACAUCUUCUCAAUGGUCAUGCGCUUCUGGCAAAUAUUAUUAUAGUUGAAGACCCAUUCAGCUUACUCACAACUACAACUAUGGGCUUGCCGGUGAUGCACUAGGAAUAGACUUGAUAAACAACCCUGAUCUUGUAGCAACAGACCCAAUUGUAUCAUUUCAAACUGCCAUAUGGUUCUGGAUGACUCAACACGACAAUAAACCUUCAUUCCAUAAUAUUAUUACCAAUGAAAAUUCUGAACCCAAUGAACUCCCAAAUUAUAAUAAUUUCAAUGAUGGUUUCAGACACCAAAGUGAUUUCUGUAUUGCUGCAAACAUCGUUGGGUUCUAUAAAAGGUUUUGUGACAUGUUAGAAGUGAGCUAUGGUGUAUUUGGAACUAGUAUUUGA